UCCCGGCAGUACCGAGCGGCGGCCGCCACCCGUCGGACCCUCGGAGCGACGUCAUGAAUACGGUCCUGCUUGCCGUGCUGCUGCCGGCCACGGCUGUCCUGGUGGCAGGCUCGCCGUGUCCUGCCGACUGGCGUCAGAGUGGCUCCUGGUGUUACCUCAGCAACUCCUCCAGUUCGAUGAGCUGGGCCGGAGCCAACGCCCUCUGCCAGGAGCAUGGCGGCGCCCUCGCCACCAUCAACAACCCGCAGCAAACUGCUGGACGUCGUCGAUCUGCUGAGAGGUCAGCCGCUGCAGGUGCCGGCGCCGGCGGUCAGCCUGCGCCGCUCCAGCCGCGUGCGGCGGCCGCCUGCGCGCCUGCUGCUUGUCCCCGACCGGCCGACGUACUCCAGCCUGUCCACGGCCCUCACUGAUGCCGAGCCGGCGCCCGAGGCGUCCCCGGCCAGCGCCAUCCGUCCGACUGAAUGGUGGAUUGGCAUACAGAUAACCUCAGGAGCCGGCAACGUGACUUCAAGAAAUAUCUCCUUCGACAACUACGCGGAGGACAAGAUUGCAAUAGGUACCAACGGCCCCCGCCAAUGUGCGUAUCUCUCCUCGGAAGACGGCCUGUUUUACUGGUCCGCCUGCGACAACUCCAUGACCUACGUCUGCGAGCGCGAGGUGGACCGCGUCCACGUCGUCCUGGUGACGCCAGACCGGCAGCGGCCGAGCUACUCGUGGUACGCCCAGCACGCGGCCCGCAUCGAAGCGGAGCUGGCGCACCAGAUGAACGCGUCCAUGACCGAAGAGAAGGGCGUGUACUCGGAGCACCUCGCCACGGCCACGCCCAUCCCGCCGCCGACGACGACAACCCCCCUGACCACGUCGACACAGAGUUCGGGCGGCGUCACGCUGCCGGCCGGGCCGGUCGGGCCGCCGAGCUCUGCCGCCACCACCACGCCCGCCUGUCGCGGCGAUAACUGGGCUUCAGCCGGCGGCAGGUGCCAUCACCUGUUCCUUGAGCCAAAGAACCGAGACGCGGCCGAGGCAUUCUGUGUGCAGCAAGGAGGGCAUCUAAGCUCCUUUGCAAGCAUGGAUGAUCAGAACGCAUUUCUCGGUCAGUACGGCUACAACUCGGGCUCCGUCUGGCUGGGCCUGCGGCGCGACUCAUCCCGGAGUCCCUUCCGCCGCGAGGACGGCACGACGCCCGGCUUCGCAGCCUGGACCGCCGGCCAGCCGUCCCAAUCUACCAACUGCGCCACACUCAACCUGCGCACGGGUGGCUGGUCGUCGGAGAGCUGCGCAUCAGUCAAGCCCUUCGCCUGCACCCGGUCCUUGACGGCGACGUCGCGGCCCGUAUCUCCCACCGUAGAUACGGCAGCGCUGGCCUGUGGUGCCGACGGGUGGUGGCACUCGGGCGCCACCUGCUACCUGGUCGUCAGCGACACCCCGCCAGUCAGCUGGCACCGCGCCCAGCAGGACUGCCGCAACCGCUCUGCCACGCUCGCCAAGAUCACCAGCUUCGAGCUCAAUGACGCUGUGGUCCAGCACCUGGGAGGUGUCCCGCAACCGGUGUGGAUCGGCUUGAACCGGCUGCGGCCGUCGCACGAGUUCCGCUGGACUGAUGGAUCUGGCGUCCAGUACUCCAACUGGGCGUCAGACGGACGCGCCGUCGGCCAAGACAUGGCCAGCUGUGUAAGGCUGGACAGCAGCGGCGGCUACUGGUCGACCGUCAACUGCAACGCGCCGCACCACUACGUGUGCGAGCGGCCAAUGAUGGGCGGUGCACCGGCGCUGCCGCCGCCGCCGCCGCCGCUGCUGCGCUCGAGCUGUCCCCCCGACUGGUCCGCCUACGGCCCGGACCGCUGCCUGCGGGUGUACCAGAACCUGUCGACCUGGGAGGACGCGCGACGCGUGUGCCGCAGUCAGGGGCCCGAUGCCGACCUGCUCAACAUCGCCAACCCCAUCCAGCAGGCCUUCUUGACGUCGGCUGUGAGGGGCUCACCCAACAACCUGUGGAUCGGGCUGACGUACGCGACGCUGGACCAGCGCCGGUUCCUCUCCUGGACGGACGAGUCUCCCCUGAACUUCACCGCCUGGGCUCCGGGCCAGCCAUCCAGCGUGUGCGCCAGCUGUCCCAAAACGUGCGGCGUGGUGGACGGCGGGCAGAGCCGCACGCCGGGCGCGUGGAGCGACGUCGAGUGCUCGCACCAGUACAGCUUCGUCUGCCAGCGGCCCGCCACGCCCAACAACUCGAUCACCGCCGCGCCAACGCCUUGCCAGCCGCCCUUCGACAACUACAUCGACGUGGGCAGCGUCUGCUAUAAGAUCAGCCACCAGGCGAUGACGUGGAGCGACGCCGCCGUCAGCUGCCAGUCCGACAACAGCAGCCUGGCGUACGUCGGCGACGCGUUCGACAACGCCGAGCUGGUCAAGCUGCUGUACCGCGACGGCCGCGACCAGUACUGGCUGGGGCUCAGUGACACCGAGCGGUACGGCACGAUGGAGUGGAUGCACCCGUGGCCGCGGGCUGCCAAGUUCCAGAACUGGGACCCGAGCGGCCAGAGGGCGGCGGUGCGCAGCACCUGCGCCGUGCUGCUACCCAGCUCCGGCCUCUGGCGCCACCAGUCCUGCUCCGACGACCGGCGCUCGUUUGUCUGCAUGUGGGCGCCCGAGAGGGAGGCGGAGACGCCGCGAAACGACGGCUGUCCGACCGACGGGCAGUGGGCGGCCGGCACCAGCCGCUGCUACCGGCUUUACGACGAGCCGAAAGACGGCCUCGUCUGGAACGAAGCCAAGGACAGGUGUGAGCGGCUCGGCCAGCAGCUGGCCGUCGUCAGCACGCUGGACGAUUUCCGCGCCGUACGCCGACUGGUGCUCGGCCAGACGCGGUACCAAGCCACCUGGAUCGGACUGCGCCACCAGCUGGAUGAAGGAUUUGUCUGGGCGGACGGCACUCACCUGGCGCACCCGAGGUUCAGCGCCACCCCCAGCUUGCGCUUUGGCAGCUGCACGCAGGCGUCACGGCUCUUCGCCGGCCGCUGGGAGAACGUCGACUGCAGCAAGCACCUUCCGUUUGUCUGCAUGACGGACAAAAAGGGGGCCUCCGGCGGUGGAGCGAUUGCCGGGACCCUCAUGAACGUAGACGGCGGCGGCGGCGGAGGCUGGGGCGUCUUCGGCAUCAUUUGCCUGGUGCUGGUGCUGGUGGUGGCGCUGGUCGGCGCUGGACUCUGGUACGCGCGCCGGCAGCGCGUCCCCUGGCUGCCGCGCAGGCUGUCGGCCGGCCGCCCGGCCGCCCACCACUCGGUCGAGAACCUGGCCUACAAUCAGCGUGACGACGCGUUGUCCUCAGACAGGCCGGUUGGAGGUCCGCUGGAGAAUGGUACUCUCGAUGCCCGCGCCGCAAACCGUUGGGGUUCGCAAGAGCAGCUGAUGGACCACGAGGGCCUGUAGACGGAGAAGGGGGGGGGGGGGAGGGGAGGGCUGGACAGUCCCGUCGAUCCCGCUGCGGACUGAUGACGCGAGUGGCAAAAUGGGCUGGCAAGGUCUGAGCGCUUGGCGUACUUCUCUGUUGCACGGCACGUUCUUUAACACGCGCUCGGGUGGGGGGGUCAAUUUGAAUCCUCCCGAAGGCUUUUCCGAAAUGGUUUCCGAACGGCACGGCAUGACCGCGCCGAACUGUAGACAAGUGCAUGGCGGAUCAUGUGGAUGUCAACAAAUUAGAUGUACCUUGUAAGGUCGCUGAUCUAUGGCAGGUCAGAGUCAGACCAUGGAUUCAGCGGACAAUCUCUAGGGAAUCUCUCAAUCUGGUGCAACAACGGCGUGUUUGGCGAAACCAUAAAUCUCAAGGAUAGUUUCUUAGGCAACGUAACAAUUGAAUGAACAAAUCCCAUUGACCUAGAGUCAAUAAGGACGGCCAAACCUAGGCCAAAACCAACCUGUUGUAUCACUGCAUAGCUUGCCGUGUACUGUAGUUUCUGGUGGUCAUUUCGAAUUUAUCAACAGAAACCGCACUAUACAUCCUCCAUGAACUUCUUAAAGAUCGUAGGUCACUGACGUGAAAUGAUCCAGGUCAACAUUUUGUUUUCAGGAACAUACUGCCUGACCUAGUCCUUGGCGCUUAAUCACAUGCAAAACUAUGUGCAGUCUGGUAUGAUUCUGGUCAUCAUAGCCUACGAAAAGUCAAACAAUGUCAAUGACCUUAAAUGAGCACCAGUGGUUUUUUGCUUAGAACAGGUAUCUAGGUUCUGGAGCACUUUGGACGUCAAACUGGAGUUUGACCCUGUUUGACCUUACCUGAUUGGAAGGCCAUGCCCUAGGAAUCGCACUUUGACAAGUGAGUUCACGCAUAAGCAAACACACUCUGUGAAUUCGGUGUUUUUAGCUCUCUAAGUUUCUGAGAUCUCAGGGGGGGGGGGGGGCAAAUUGAACCCCCACCCGAGUGAAGGACACUCAACCGGCCACCCGGGCGCGUGUUCAACAAAAUCGCACCGCUCGCAGCUUUCGACAUAAGCGCGCAUCUUGCUAGAAAGUGUAUUAUAAUAUUCCAGCUGUCAGUCGUGUGUGUAAAUGCUCCAGUGCUUGCAUAAACAAUACGCGAGGUCUACGGUUUCCAACAAGUGCCGCGAAAAUGCAUUGCAACAUCACGAGGGUCUUUCUCCGGCACAAUGGGUUGCGCUAUCGUAAAGACAGAAUACAUAUUACCAGCAAUA